UGCUUUUAUUCUGAAGAAAGGAUGUGUGUUUCCGGUGUGCAACGCAUCCUGUUCGGUUAAACUCGCCCCCCUCCGCGCUGCCCAGCAUUCGGGGGCGAAGCAGGAGCGGACCGAGCGGCGUUUUCUCCGAUCCACCAGCCCCCACGCCCCACAAUGCGGUGGUGAACUGGCGGAGGUGGCGAGCCUGGGACCUCGGGACACCCGACCUCGCCCCCCCCCCCCACCACCCACCCCUCUCUCCCUUGUCCCUGAUCCACGAUGUCGAACCGUAAGCACCGGGACAGCCAGGAGAUCUGCGCACGCAAGGUCCGGGAUCUGGCCCAGUCCGGAGUAAACAAACACUGCUUCGAGUGCAACCAGCCCGGGGUGACGUACACGGACGUGACGGUGGGCGCCUUCGUGUGCACGUCGUGCUCCGGAAUAUUGAGAGGCCUCAACCCUCCCCACAGGGUCAAGUCCAUCUCCAUGACGACCUUCUCCCAACAGGAAGUGGAGUUCCUCCAAAACCACGGCAACGAGGUCUGCAGGAGGACGUGGCUGUGCGCGUUUGACCCCAAGACGGACGGCGGCGACGUGAAGGACUCGCAGAAGUUCAAAGAGUUCCUGCAGGACAAAUACGAGAAGAAGAAAUGGCAUUUUUCCAAAAGCAAGAACCGAAGAGAUGCGGGACCUUGGAGCCCGGGCGUCCAGGGCGUCCUCGUUCACAACGUGGCCACCAGGACGCCGGUGAGCCGUUCACUCCGCGCAAUAGCGAACCGCCGGCGCGAUUUUCACACCUUUCCGUCGCCGCAGUCCCAGGCGGCGCAGUGGGACCGAGGCGCGCCCAACGCGUCGGCGGGCGAGGUGGCCGCGCGGCCCUCGCGCUCCCAGAGUUUCCGGGAUGCCCCGGCCAAAGACCAAAACGCCUGCGGCAUUGAGAGACAGCGUCCAAGCUCGCUGUCUUGUGCUCCCCGUCCUUCCUUCCCCGCCCUCCCCCGGCCUUCAGCUAGUAGCUCUUUCAAAAAACACUUCACCUUAGGUCGCGCCGCGCCCACCUCGGGCUCCUCGGGGCCCUUCAGAGCCUUCCCCAAAUCCCUCAGCUUGGAUUUAGGGGCGCUGAAGCAGCAGCAGCAGACCGCCGCCAACGCCCCGGACAGGUACGCCGCGGUGUCCCACCUGGACAGCGUCUUCUCCGAAACAGCGCCCCCUGCCGGACCCCCGCAGUACAGCACCAUGUUUGGCAGCCGUCUGUCUUCCGGCUCCACCCCCGCCUGCUCUCCCGCCGCGGAGACCGUGUCCGCCUCGCAAACAUUUGCAAAUUUCCCCAACCCAUUCAGCUCCGCUUCCCAGCAGCCCGCUGCGCUCUCCCCGAGUAAUCCUUUCAGCAGCUCCCCAGGAGGCGACGGCGGCGCGUUUGUCACCUCGCCCGCGUCGGUGUUCCCGCCGCCAAGCUCGCUCCGCCAAGAGGCCGCCGGCAACCAGGAAGCCAACGGCUUCACCACCAUCCCAACGUGCGACUCGCAGCCCAAAGUCCCCCGACCGAUGUCGGUCAACCCUUUUACAGGGAACGUUUACCCCAGUCGAGGCACGUCACGGAACCCUUUCAUUUGACGACACCCCCCCCCCCCUCGCCGUCAAUCUCGGAGGUGGGGGGUGAUGAACUUUAGGAGUCGCCGCCGUCGCCAUUUCAAUGCCUCUGGAGUAUUUUCAACCUCUCGUUCCUUCUCUUAUUUAUGUCUGUGUUUACUUGUGUGUGCGUGUUUUGGGGGGUGGGGGGAGGAAGGGGGGGGGGGCUGAAUGUAAUUAUGACCUCCUCUUGCAAGGUCUAUUUUAAAGCCUCUAGCAUUUUAUUCUUUGAUUUUGUUUGCAGAUAUGUACAAAGUGCGGCUACUUUGCUUCCAUCAUCCUGAGAAACACGAUGCUAACGUUAUGUCAGCAUUUCCGCUUUUUAAACCUAUUUGCCCCCCCCCCCCC